UGACCCCGGGCAUCAUUAAAGCAACCUCCAGCUUCUCCUCCUCCUCCUGCUCCUCCUCCCUGAUGGCCGACCCAUUCAUCGGUCACAUCAUCGACUGACCCACGGCGGAGGAGGUGUUGCAAGUGAGAUGACACCCAGAUAAAUUGGAUAUUUUAGCCGGUGGCCUCAGUCAACAUGCGGUCACGAUGUUAGCUUGGAUCAGCAGCAGCAGCAGCAGCUCAGUCGGUGACCGUUUAAAACCGUUAGACGUGUUAACGGACGCCAACGGUUACCUCUCCGACACCAGCAGCGACCGUUUGAUGCUCCGAGUUCAACUUGUCACUUUCUUUUAAGGUAGCUGAGAGAAAGAGAAACCGCUUCUGGCGACAGCUUGGACACCAUGUCCCCACACCCGGUGGUCCAGGCCAUCAUUGACCUCUCUGCAGGAGCCAUAGGGGGAGCUGCAUGUGUGUUCAGUGGGCAGCCUCUAGACACAGCAAAGGUCAAGAUGCAGACCUUUCCUACAAUGUAUCGUGGUUUCAUCCACUGCGUCACGUCCACCUACAAACAAGUGGGUCUGCGAGGUCUUUACCAGGGAACAACACCAGCACUGAUGGCCAACAUCGCAGAGAACUCUGUGCUCUUCAUGAGCUACGGCUUCUGCCAGCAGGUCAUCCGCUUCACAGCUGGACUGCACAGUGAGGCUGUGCUGAGUGACAUGCAGAAAGCUUGUGCUGGCUCAGUAGCAUCCAUCUUCUCCUCGCUGGUCCUCUGCCCCACCGAGCUCGUCAAGUGUCGCCUGCAAGCCAUGUAUGAGAUGGAAGCAUCGGGCAAGAUAGCCAGGAGCCAGAAUACAGUGUGGUCGGUGGUGAAGUCCAUCAUGAGGAACGAGGGACCGCAGGGCUUCUUCCAGGGCCUGACCACCACCAUCGCCAGAGAAGUCCCCGGUUACUUCUGCUUCUUCGGGGCCUAUGAGCUCAGCCGCAGCACCUUUGCUGAACACAUGAAAUGUGAUAAAGACGACAUAGGUGUGGCUCCGAUCGUGUUCAGCGGUGGUUUCGGGGGGGCGUGUCUGUGGCUGGUGGUCUAUCCCAUGGACUGUGUCAAGUCUCGGAUCCAGGUCAUGUCCAUGACGGGCAAACAGGCCGGGUUUUUCAAAACCUUCACGACCAUCGCUCGUACUGAAGGUGUGAGGGCUCUUUACUCUGGUCUUACCCCCACCAUGGUCCGCACCUUCCCUGCUAACGGAGCACUUUUCCUGGGUUACGAGGUCAGCCGGAAGCUCAUGAUGAAGCAAUUUGACAGCUAAGAUAUGCACAACACAAACGAAGGAGCGAUGAACUGGAAGUGCUGUAUUGGAGCCUUACAACCUCAACAAGACUCCAGUUGAAGCAGUGAAGCUUAUUAUAUGUGGGACCUGGUUUUUGCCGUGUCCCACUUUUGGUGACCUUAACUAAAAACUACCAUCAUAACACCACUGACAUAGUGUUUACAUACUUUAAAUUCUUAUAUUAAUUUAUUUUUUAGAUUUACAUAUAGUUUGUUUUAAACACUCCAGAUAUACUACUGCCAACAUGCCUAUGAGAAAAAUAAACGUGCAACACAGAAUUGACCAACCAUAAACCAGCCUCUUUAUGAGGAAUUUAAAACUCCAGUUAAUACAUUUUUCUACCUCAACAAAGUCAUAUCCGCACAGAAACAUGAUUCUCUGCCAGUCAUUCCAAAUCAUCCUUUUCUUAAUACUCCGAUUGGUUGUGAAGUUUUCUUAUAUGCACAAAAUCUCAAAACCUUACUUUCGCUAAUUGCAUGAAGAUUUUAUUUAGAAAUGUGAAGUGGCUUAUGGCAAUUCAUUUAAAGUUGCCUGAAAUGUGUUUUGCUUUCAAUUAUGGAAUCAUUGUCAGCUAAGUUUGUAUCGCAGUUUCAGUUUUGGAUUACAUCUCAGUUUCUUUCAGGAAAGUGACAAAAAGUAUAAGCUUUACUUUUCAAACAGUGUUGACUAGUAUUAACGGUCUCAUCAGCCUCGCUAUGAACAUUAAAGGAACACU